GAUAAUUUUAAUAAUGGCGAUUCAAGCCAAAAGUUAGUAGAUAGAAUCAUAAGUAAUGAGCUUGUAUCAAGCUUACACAAUGGUAAACAAUCAAAUCAAGCCUCUACCAACCCUGAUCACAACUCUGAAUCUGUUCCUAUCGCUCUAUCUCGCUCCCAAAGUAAUUCAAUAAUACUUUUGCAGGAUGAAUAG